GUUAUUAAGGAAUUUUAUUUAUGCAACAACUAUGAUAAUGCAUAAAUUAAAUGUCAUCUUAAUUGGAAAUUGUGCAUAUUGAUAUUGGCUGCAGCUUUAAUCUUCUCUGCUUAACUUCUAUAUGCAAGAUACAUUUAAAAGAUAAAGUAAGUGACUAGUUACUUCUUUAUGUUUGUAUCUUUAUGUAAAGUAAUAAAUGUUGAGGAGACCUUUAAGUAUAAUGUGUUCACCUAUGGAAGUGUAUCAAGAGGAAAAAGUGACUAUACAAAAAAUGAUAGGAGUCCAUCUUUGUGGCUUUCUGUGCUCAAAGCUUUAUAAUAGUAUAUUUACUAUUAAACAUGAGUUAUUAUAGUUAGAAUUUUCAGUUCAUGUUUCACAUGCAUUAUUUGUCUUUAUGAUUUUAAUUGUAAUUUAAAACGUGAACAUUUUAGCUGCCCUCCAUCAUUCUCCCUGAGGAGUCGAGUUACGGUGACUUUGUAUCUUCUACAAGAGACGCACAAGAGCAAGUUAAAAAAACUGUCGAGGAAAAUAUGGCAAAGUCCCAAGACUUACAAAAGGAAGCCUAUGCCAGACGAGUCCAGAAGAAGUACAGAAACCUCGUGUACAAUGUUGGAGAUGAAGUUCUUCUCUUGAACAUGAGAAAACGUGGAAGGAAGGGAGGAAGGUUUGAUCCAGAUUUUUCAGGACCCUACACCAUUCAAGACAUCGCUGGCAAAUGUGUGAGAUUAAAAAACACGGAAGGAGCAACUUUAAAAAAUCACUACAGCAUUGACCAUAUCAAGCCGUACAGAAGAAGCCACCAUGUAAAUGUCAGUGACAAUGAAAGAUACCCAACUCACAGUCAGACAGUGAACAGCAGCACAGACCUGAAGAUGCCCCCCUGCCAUCCUCCUGCUAACCCUCAGUGCCAGCAAAGUCCAGAGGACACCAGACCCUCUGUUAUUCAUUAUGCACCCAAAACGGCUGAGAAAAGUUGUUGCUCCCACAAGCAGUUUAAUUCUGUUCCAGGACCAGAAACGCGUGAACAAGAACUUCCCUCCCAGAAACAAAGCUUAGAAAGUGAAGGUGGCAUAGUGAACAACUCUUUUUGACCCGUUGGUCAUUUGUUGCCAGUUUGGCGUUGCAACUUGAUUGACCGUUGCAUGACUUUGUUUGCAUUUUGCAGUCUUCAACUCAUAUUGGAUGUAAAGAAACAUGCAACGUGCACUGAGCUUGUGGAGGUCUGGAAAUGGAUCUGCCUUAAAGAGGCUAUGGGCUGCAAAGGAUACUGGGCGCUUGGAGUCAGUUGUUGGACCAUACAAGUUAUUUGAUUCCUCUUUUCGAACACUGCAGGGGUCACGGUGGCUUUCUGAUGAGGUCAUUGAUGCACACCUGCACCGUGUCAUUGAGAGACGAAAGAAUGCUGCACACCUGCUCUGUUCAGUAGUUGCAAGCUCGUUGUUUUCUGGGCAGUUCAGAUGCCUCACCAAGAUGAAGUUCCCAGUUGAAGACAUGUGGCUGUGCCCUGUGAACUUUGGUACACACUGGAUUCUUGUGAUUGUCAACAUUUCUGCACAGAAAAUACUGCUCACAGACCCCAUGGGCAAUGAAGGUGUUUAUGACAGGAAAAUUCUGCACAACUGGAGGAAUUUUCUGAGGAUGAGAGAAGACACCAUGGAGUGGCAGUUACACACUAUGCAACACAACAAGCAACAGGAUUCCAGCAGUUGCGGAGUUUUGCUGUUAAAGUUUGCAGAACAGUACCUUGCUUUUGGAGAGGUCAGUGAGGUGUUAACCACUACAGAAGCAGUUGUGCUGGAGCGAAUGCAGAUAGCUUGCACCCUACUUGAACAUCGAGGGAACGCUGAGGACUACUGCACUGUUUGCUCUAUGUUAGAUGCUGACGCUGACCGCAGCAUGAUUGAAAUGGUGCAGUGUCAAUCUUGCCAAAGAUGGGCACAUUUUGCAUGUGCGAAAUAUAAAGAGAGCAACCAAGAAUAUAAAUGCAAAAAUGUAAGGAAAACACAUAACUUCAAAUAAGUCUUUUCCCCUCCAUGUCUCUUUGUAUUCUUUGUCAACAUUAGAUGAUUGUGUGCUGGAGGCACGUUUUGAUAGUGCGAUUUGGCCAUCUGAACAUCCUGCCUAAAUAAAUCCAAGCAGGAAGCAUGUUCUGAAUGUCCUAGCGAAAUAAAUCCAAGUUUUUAAGUGUGAUUUGGCCAUCUGAACGUCCUGCCUAUAAAUAUGUACGAUGGAGCCAUUAACCAUGUAAGGCAGCAUAUUCUGAUAAGGUAGCACGGAUUGAUAGACAAGACCAUAAAUUUACGCUACGGUAGCGCUACGGUAGGAUGUUUUGUCAGAACACCGGCUCUUCUGUUCUCGAGCUUCAAAUACACACCAAGCAAACGACACGCUCACCUCUUUGUCACCAACAAAAGGAUCCUAAUGAGACUGAAGUGUGCCCUUUGAAGUGGCCAUUAACACCUCCAACAACAGAUCCUGUCCUAAAGACCAGGAUGACAGGAAACCCCAGAGCUCAAGCCAACCCCCACCACCCCCUCUAAUCUGACAGCUUGAUCCAAGUUUUCAGCUGUUAUUACUUUCAAAAUCACCAUCAGCUCAGGUCUGUCACACAGACACUGCUGAUGUGUCCAGAUGCUAAUAAACAUCUGUUUCCAUCAGUAAACACUGCCCUGUAUCAGAGUUCAUACAUCUGACUUGCCUUUUAGCUGGUUAGCAGCAACUGAGCUGAGCAAAGUAAGAGCGAGGGGAAGGUUUACGAUCUUAUUACCUGGGAGAACAAAGCAAAGCUUCUGCACUGGAAAGGCUGGUUAUCUGAACACAAACAUGUAUAAUCUGAAGGCGAUGGAUGGAGCUGCACAUGUUUAAAAUGCUGAUCCUGCUCUCGCAGCCUGCUGAACAUCUGGAUCACCGUCUGGCUGGAAGUGCAGGUCGUUACUGUGUGAGGACCCUGAGCCACCCGGCAGUUGUCCCGCUGAAUCACGUUACAGUACGAAAGCGGACAAAAGGUGAGAUAAGUGUGCUGCUUCCUCUCCCACAGCGACACCUCUCACCCUCCAUCAGGCAGCGAGCUGUUAAGUGUGCCCCUCACAGGCGCCAGAUACCUGAUUUGAAUCUGAACAGGUCACUUCACAAUCAAACGCCGUCGCCUCAAAGCAUGAGCACGACCACACCUGUGUGUGUGUGUGUGUGUGUG